CUCAGUUUCCUGCAGCCGAGGCACUCAGCCCAGGGUGAGCUGCAGAGGCUGGAGACAUCCUAGCCCUGAUCUAUAACCCUCAUCAUCGGCGGGGGGAGUAGUGCAGAAGGCUGCGGGCAGGUGCCCUCCUCUGCCCGCCGUCACCGCCGCGGCUUCUCCCCGGCUUUCUCUGCACUGGUGCAGCACAGGACAGCACCCUGGCUCAGAAGGUGAUCCCCUCCUCUCCCCUGAGGAUGUCUCGGAAGGUGCAGAGGGGCGAGGUGUGUGCAGACUGCAGUGCCCCAGAUCCUGGUUGGGCCUCCAUAAAUCGGGGAGUGCUGAUCUGUGACGAAUGCUGUAGCGUGCACCGCAGUCUUGGACGACACAUCUCCAUUGUCAAGCAUCUUCGACAUAGCGCAUGGCCAUCAUCACUUUUGCAGAUGGUGCACACGUUGGCCAGCAAUGGAGCAAAUUCCAUUUGGGAACAUUCUCUGUUAGACCCUGCGCAGGUUCAGAGUGGGCGACGCAAGGCCAACCCUCAAGACAAACUGCACCCAACAAAAUCAGAGUUUAUUCGUGCCAAGUAUCAGAUGCUCGCGUUUGUGCACAAGUUACCAUGUCGCGAUGAUGAUGGAGUGACCGCCAAAGACCUCAGCAAGCAACUUCAUUCCAGUGUGAGGACUGGGAACCUGGAAACAUGCUUACGUCUGCUGUCUCUUGGUGCUCAAGCCAAUUUCUUCCACCCGGAGAAGGGGAGCACGCCACUACAUGUAGCAGCUAAAGCUGGCCAGGUUCUUCAGGCUGAGCUUUUGGUAGUAUAUGGAGCUGACCCAGGGGCCCCUGACAUGAAUGGAAGAACACCUAUUGAUUAUGGCAGGCAGGCUGGGCACCACGAUCUGGCAGACAGACUGGUGGAGUGUCAGUAUGAGCUGACGGACAGACUCGCCUUCUACCUCUGUGGCCGAAAACCAGAUCAUAAGAAUGGACAUUAUAUCAUUCCACAGAUGGCGGAUAGAUCUCGCCCCAGGGGUGUGCCGCAGAGUUUGGACCUCUCUGAACUUGCAAAAGCUGCCAAAAAGAAGCUCCAGGCACUCAGUAACCGGCUUUUUGAAGAACUGGCGAUGGAUGUCUAUGAUGAGGUAGAUCGAAGAGAAAAUGAUGCAGUCUGGCUGACGACGCAGAAUCACAGCACGUUGGUCACGGAGCGCAGCGCUGUUCCGUUCUUACCGGUUAACCCUGAAUAUUCGGCGACUAGGAAUCAGGGACGCCAGAAACUUGCACGUUUCAAUGCUCGGGAGUUUGCCACUUUGAUCAUUGAUAUUCUGAGUGAAGCCAAGAGAAGACAACAAGGAAAAACCUCUGUAAUUUCUACAGACAACUUUGACUAUACUCUGAGAAACAAUGCCAAUGACUGUGAUGACCAGCACGACUAUGACAGCGUAGCUUCCGAUGAAGACACAGACCAAGACCUGCUCAGAAAUUCCAGGAACAAUCGAGCCAGGAGCAUGGACUCCUCCGACCUGUCCGAUGGUCCCAUUACUUUGCAGGAGUACCUGGAAGUGAAAAAAGCUCUUGCGACAUCCGACGCCAAAGUUCAGCAGUUGAUGAAAGUAAAUAACAAUCUGAGUGAGGAGCUGCGGCGACUUCAGAGAGAGAUUCAUAAACUGCAGUCUGAGAACUCCCAGAUCCGUCACCAGUCUGGCCCUUCACCACCACCACCAGUAAACCCCGAGAGGACUGAACACCAGUUACCCUCAGCCCACCGACGAGACCGGCAGGCAUUUUCAAUGUAUGAACCAGGAUCAGCCCUAAAACCAUUUGCACAGUCCACAGAUGACCUUAGCAGUCGACUGCAGCCCUUCCACUCUGGGAUUCGGAAAGGCAUCAGUGCCUCUUCUGUGCCCUUCCCCCCUUUGUCCUCCCCUCUGUUCUCUGGACCCCCGGACAAUACCCGGAACAUGUCUGUUAAGGCAGACCGUCACGGCAGUGGUGCGGACAGUGACUAUGACAAUACACAGAGUACAGAAACAAGCGUUGGGGUGGAAGGAAGAAGGUACCUAGAAUUAUCCCGGGAUGAAGAUUUCCACGCUGAUGCAGAAGAUGUAGAGGUGGAGUUGGACGCGACCCUACCCAGCACAGAGGAUGUGAUCCUCAGGACGGAACAAGUGACCAAGAACAUCCAGGAGCUGCUGAGAGCUGCACAAGAGUUCAAGCACGAUAGUUUUGUACCCUGCUCCGAGAAAAUCCACUCUGCAGUAACAGAAAUGGCAUCCCUCUUUCCCAAGAAACCAGCGUUGGAGACUGUACGCUGCUCCUUGAAGCUGCUCAAUGCUAGCGCUUACCGACUGCAAAGUGAGUGCCGGAAAACUGUUCCACCAGAGCCAGGGGCAACGGUAGACUACCAGCUCCUGACACAGCAAGUCAUUCAGUGCGCUUACGACAUUGCCAAAGCAGCUAAACAGCUGGUCACUAUCACCACCCGGGAAAAGAAGCAGUGACCUCCAUUUUCCUCUAAGAACCUUGCCCUUUCUAAAGGCAUACAGAGCUGCCAAGAGCAUGAGACAUGGAGGACUUCUCACAGCGUUGGAUGAGACUGGGGCUUCUACCCUCUUGGCUGAUUGAGACAUUUGCCCCUGCAGGCCAAAUAUUUAAUGUGCAGUCCCUUACAAAGAGAAAUGCCAUAGAGAUGCCCUACCAUACAGUCAUUGUGACAUACACACUAUCCUAACUGUACAGAGAUCAUAUAUAUAUAUAUAUAUAUAUAAUCUCCCCAUGUGUACAGAGAAGAAAUGCGCUUUUGGUUGUAGAACCUGUCCUGCUGCCUGUCCUUUCUGAACUUGGCCAAAAGAAAGUUUCUUGUAGCUUCUUAAUAUUUACAUGCAGAAUCCAGUAGAAGUCAUCACGUGAAGCACCGCUACGGUAUGGGCCAUGGAUAGGAAGAGAUGGCUGUAACAUAUUUCAUACCCAAAGCAAUUGGAUUGUAAAUCUGCAGUUUUGCAAUCCACAAAUGGCACAAAUUCCACAUCAUUUUCAAGAAUAACCCUUAGUUCCACCCACUUAUCAUUAUGAAUCAUUGUCAUUUUUUAUUUAUAUUUUUACUGUACUCUGAUUCUGAAUGCAAACAAGAAUCAACUGGUUAUGAAUAAAAGGUUCUCGGUGAAUGGCAUAAGCUAUAAGUCAGGGAAGGAGAAUGCCCCACAUAAGCGUUCAGACGCGUGGUGUUCUUUUGUCCAUGUCCGCUUUGCCUGUUAUUAAGUAGGUGGCCAUCUCUGGACAGCUGGGUCUGAGCCUAGAACAGGUUCUAGAAUGAUAGGAACUAGAUUAUUGCCUCUCUCUGUUUCCCUCUGCUGGUUCCAUCGAACUACAUAAGAACUGUUUGGGUGCUAUAUCUUGGCUCUCAUUCUGUUUCAAUCAACAUAGGGAAACUUUGGCAGAUAUUCGUUUGUGAUGCAAGCCCUUAAGUAUGUUGAAAUAUUGGAAGCUUCACGAUGGGAAUGCGUCUUUAUCUGCCUUCCUACUCUGGUGAGGACAAGUCACUGAUAGGGUUACAACAAAGGCACUCAAGUUUAAAGUUCAAAGAAAGAAGCUGGAAGCGCCCCUUGCAGCGUGUAUACACACCUGACAGUGGUACCGCUGUGUGUAUUUGCCAAGGUAACCUGGCAGGUCAGAAAAAUCCUUGACUGACCAUUCUGAUCUUUCUCCUUUGCUGUGAAUGGGUCACAACACUAAACGUACACUGGAAUCUGUGUGUGUGUGUGUGUAUGUAUAUGUAUGUAUAAAAAAUAUAUAUAUAUAUAUAUACACAUGCAUAUAUAAUAAACAUCUCUUUUUGUUAUUUAGGAGGAAGGGAUUCAUGUAGAAGACUGUUCUUGUAUUUUGUAUGAAACCACUUUAAGCUCAUUUUUCAAAGCAGGCUUCGACAACCUAUCAUUUUUGUCUUUGCAUCCAUGCCAAUUCAGGACUUAGAGAGGUGGUCUGGAUUUGGAUAAAUGUCUGCCUUUUUCCCAGAAGCAAGGCCACUCCUGUUUAUUACUUGUUUCUGGUAUUGCAACGUAUUCAUGUUAAUGGCACAAACAAAAGUGGCGCUGUUUCUGGGGGGGGGGGGGACCUUUUAUAUUCAAAUUCCAAACAACCUGUUUAAAGACUAUGGACACCUUUUGGGGCAGUUUUUUUAUUAUUGCAUCUUACUCAUUUUGGGCUAAAAAUAAUUUUUUCUAUUGGUCUUCAAUAAAAAUGUUUAGCGUUUUCUGAGAUAUAGGGGUUAAAAUCAAAGUUUUAAUUUAAGCCCUUUUCUUAUCAGUCUGAUAAGAACUGAGCUAUAAUGAGUAUUUUUGAGGUCAGAAAAUCAGAGAGGAGUUCCACAUCAAAGAAAACAGGAAGUGACAGCUUGCAAACAGACCGAUUUUUCUUUAACCCCUGUAUCUUGGGAAUAACUGAACAUUUCUAUUAAAGACCAAUUUAAAAAAUGAUUUUUAGCUCAAAAUGAGUAAAAUGCAAUCAUAAAAAAAAUGCCCCAAAGUUGUCCAUAGCCUUUAAAAGGCUAGGUACACCUUUUGGGAGUCAUUUUUUUUAUUACUGCAUUGUACUCUAUUUUGAGCUAAAAAUCAUUUUUGUCAAUUGGUCGUUAUUGAAAAGGUUGAGCCCCUUGCUCUGUACUGCCUUGAGAUUCUUUGGUAGCAUGCUCAGUGUUUUUGCUCUGUUCCAUCAGCCCUCUCAGCUGAUGACUCCUUAUCUCUUAAGAAUGUGGCUUAAAUAAGUGUUUAUGACCUUUUAGUAAUUUAGAGAUAAGCUUUUAUUAGAUGAUUAGAUGACUGGCACAAAGUAAAAGUACAAUUCACACUCCUAGACAGUUAACCCUUU